CUUCUGCUCUGCUUCUGCUUCUUCUGCUGCUACGGCUUCUACUGCUUCUACUUCUGCUACUUCUGCUGCUUCUGCUGCUUCUGCUACUUCCUUUGGCUCUAUUAUUAUUAUUAUCCACCCUGGAACAAACCUGAUAUCUGUCCUUUUGGUGACUCUUUCGCUCCAUUCCACAUCACCUCCCUCGACUCCCCGCAUUCUUCACAUCGCCGUCAAUUGCGGGGUUUGAGAAGAACUGCACAUAUUUGGUCAAUAUCUUACGCUUUCACGAUGGCUGAUACGCAAGCCCAAAAACCCGCUGUGCUCAUUAUCGGGGGUUUGGGAUUUAUUGGUCGUCAUUUGUCUCUCUAUAUCCAUGAAAAUCAUCUAGCCUCCGAGGUUCGACUCAUAGAUAAGGUGCUCCCUCAGUUGGCUUGGUUGGCCCCUGAAUUCGAGGAUGCUUGCUCUAAAGAUAAGUUUGUGCAGGCGGAUGCGAGCCGGGAACAACACUUCGCGCGCAUCUUCGACCGUGCCAAUGGCGAGCAAUUCGACUACGUGAUCAACUGUGGAGGUGAAACGAGGUACUCCCAGCCCGACGAUGUUUACGAAGUCCGGAGUUAUAACUUGAGUAUUGCGUUGGCUCGGGAGGUCGCCCGUCGAGGAAUCCGCUCCUUUGUUGAAUGCUCCUCCGCUCAUGUCUACAAAUCUGGCUCCUCCCCACGAAAAGAGGGCGACAAGCUCGAGGCCUGGCAUAAGCUCGCAAAGUGGAACAUGAAGGCAACCGAGGACCUACAGAAGAUCCCGGGUCUCUAUCAUGUUGCGCUGCGGUUGCCCACGGUCUACGGGGAAUAUGACCCUGGCUACUUUGCCAUGGGCAUUUGUCUUGCGCGCGUCCAUGUCGAUAUGGGGAAGGAUUUGGAACUGCUUUACACCAAGAACCUGAAGCUGAACACUCUCUACGUCAAAGACGCCGCCAGCGCCUUGUGGACCGCCGCGGAAUGGAGAUACAAUGCGCCCCAGGACGGUUCAGUGCCGGUCAUUUUCAAUGUCGUCGAUCAUAAUGAUACACGCCAGGAGCACGUGGCGCAGGCGCUGUCCGAAGUGUUCGAUCUGAAGUGCUCGUUCUUGGGCUCUCUGGCAUCUCAGUUCGCCAAGUUGAAUAUGGACGAUGUUGUCGAUGAAAUCAACGAAGUGGGCUUGCAAGGCUGGUCUGACCUGAUUGAAGAGAAGGGAAUUGCACGACCCGGCCCGAUCAGCCCAUUCUUCGAGAAAGACGUCCUCCGGGACCAGGACUUGUCCAUCGAUGGUACACUCUUUGAACAGACCACCGGAUGGAAGCCGUCCCGAGAGCUCUUCGACGCCAACUGUAUUCGGGACAUGGUGGAGAGCUACAAACGGAUGGGCUGGUGGCCAUAAACGAUCAUAUUUACUUACACUCAAGACCCCCCCCCUUUUGCAAUUGUCGACUCAUUCAGAAAACAUUUUCCCCAGCAAGUACGGCGGUAACCGUUAAUGACCUCCCAAUCCCGGGAGCCGUCGUACUUGACCGUGGCAUGAUAACAACAACAACAACAACAACAACAACAUACUUACAUAUAUUCUUCCCCGCCGCCAUAGAUUUGAUCGAGCACAACCCACACCAUGCAUUUUGAUCAAAAAGCGCAUAGAAAGCAUUCACUUCACUUCACUUCACUAAGGUACACAGACAGCCCUCAUCUCAUCUCUCCAUCCACCCGACAGAUCACCUGCAAAAUAUCCACCCAGGAGCCUCAUCCUCAUGAAUAUCUCUCUGUUCUGUAAUUUAUAAUAGUCCACUUUUUUUUUUUUUUUUUUUUUUUCCCGUUCCUCUUU